UCACUGAAAACAUUCACCCGUUCACCACAUACACACACUACCAGGAACCCAUUUCACAAUAAACGGAUAAGGCGAAGAACACUUCUGAUCAACUCAGUUCAUAACGUUUAUUUCUUCACAUCGCAAUGAAAUGAGGGGAGCAUGGGGGCCAAAGAGUCGAGGAUAGGAUUCCUGUCGUAUGACGAGGCCGUCAAAAGAGUCACUGAUGUGGAAUUGAAGCGGCUGAAAGAUGCCUUCAAGAGAACCAGCGGCCUCACCUAUUACAUGACCCAGCAGUGCUUCUACAGGGAAGUGCUGGGAGAUGGAGUUCCCCAUAAAGUUGCUGAGGUGAUCUACACGUCAUUUGGAGGCUCGUCUAAAGGGCUGCACUUCAACAAUCUGAUUGUGGGUCUGGUGCUUCUGACUAGAGGACGCGAUGAGGAGAAGGCCAAGUACCUCUUCAGUCUGUUUGCCAGUGAUCUGGGUGGCUAUGCUGCAAGGGAAGAUAUAGAAGCUGUUCUGCAGGUCCUGGAUGGAGAAGUCCCGGCUUCCCUCAAGAAGUGCUUCAGCGAGGGUGACAAGGUGAACUAUGAGCGCUUCAGGAACUGGCUCCUACAGAACAAGGAGGCCUUCACUUUGUCCAGAUGGCUUCUGUCUGGAAGAGUGUGUGUCACGCUCACUGAUGACAGCGACACGCCCACCUUCUACCAGACCUUGGCUGGCGUCACACACUUGGAGGAGUCAGACAUUAUAGACUUGGAGAAGCGCUACUGGCUGCUGAAAGCCCAGUCCAGAACCGGCCGCUUUGACUUGGAAACCUUUGUCCCACUGGUCUCUCCUCCCAUUCAUGCCUCACUGAGUGAAGGCUUGUUUCAUGCCUUCGAUGAGAAUCGGGACAAUCACAUCGACUUUAAAGAGAUCUCUUGUGGACUCUCUGCAUGCUGCAGGGGGCCCGUUGCUGAAAGGCAGAAAUUUUGCUUCAAGGUGUUUGAUGUGGACCGUGAUGGGGUCCUGUCUCGAGAUGAACUCCAUGAAAUGGUCGUGGCCUUGCUGGAGGUGUGGAAGGACAAUCGCACAGACACACUCCCUGAGCUGCACAGUAGCGUGUCAGACAUAGUAGAGGACAUCCUGAAGAUGCAUGACACAACCAAGCUGGGUCACCUGACCCUGGAGGACUACCAGAUCUGGAGUGUGAAGAGCGCUUUGGCCAAUGAGUUUUUAAACCUGCUUUUCCAGGUCUGCCACAUAGUCCUGGGGCUCAGGCCCGGUACUCCUGAGGAGGAGGGACAAAUCAUCAGGGGCUGGUUAGAGAGGGAGAGCAGACAUGGGCUGCAGCAAGGUCAGAACUGGUUCCUCAUCUCCAUGCUGUGGUGGCAGCAGUGGAAGGACUAUGUUAAAUACGGCAGUCCCUGCUGUUAUCUUCCUGUCCAGGAGCAAAAGGGCAUCGUGGUGGAGCAGCCGUCCAUCCUGAGCUCACUGCGAACUCCGAUGGCCACAGCCACUAUAGAGCCCAUCCCACCAGACAAACUGGGAGGACUGGGAACCUUCAGCCCGGUCAGCCCCACUGAGGAGAGGUCACCUGAUGCCGUGUCCAGCGCCUCGGAGGCUACAGAGGCUACCGCAGCCCUGAGCCCCCAGGUAGCUCCCUCUGCUACAGAGAGUUGUUUUGCCCGUCAGCACAAUGUAUCGGACAACAACAAUCAGUGUUUUUCUGGAGCCAACGGCCACCUCCCCUCCCAGCUGGCAGCACAAAGACCUGGAGCCAUCGACAACCAGCCUCUGGUCACAACCGACCCCAUGAAGGCCCCUACGCUAACCAUGGAGGGUGGCAGGCUGAAGCGCUCCUUGCAGCUGGCACCUGGUAGAGACUUUGAGACGGUGCCAGAGCCGGUAUGGCGGGCGCUCUACCACUGGUACGGUGCCAAUCUCAGCCUGCCGCGACCGGUUAUCCUGGAGAGCAAGACAGGCCAAGCAGAGCUGGAGCUCUUCCCCCGCUACCUCCUGUUCCUUCGUCAGCAGCCGGCCACACGCACCCCCCAGUCCAACAUCUGGGUUAAUAUGGGUAUGACCAGCCUGCGAAUGUCCCCGCCAUAUUUGCCCCCACCAAGAGCAGGUAGCGUGCCAUCCCCCAACGCUCCUCUGAAGAGGGUGUUGGCUUACACAGGCUGCUUCAGCCGCAUGGGCACCAUCAAGGACAUCCACCUCUACCUGUCCCAGAGACUACGCAUCAAGGAGGAGGACAUGAGACUCUGGCUCUACAACAGUGAGAACUACCUCACCCUCCUGGACGAUGAAGAUCACACACUGGAAAGCCUGAAGAUCCAGGAUGAGCAGCAGCUAGUUAUUGAAGUCAGGAACAAAGACAUGAGCUGGCCCGAGGAAAUGUCUUUCAUUGCCAACAGUAGUAAGAUGGACAGACACAAAGAUUCUUUUUUUGCAGAGAUUUGCAGACCUAUUAAGGUCAUUAGUGCCGUUCCUACAGAGAAAGGAGCAACUGGCCUCAGUAACCUUGGCAACACCUGCUUCAUGAACUCCAGUAUCCAGUGUGUGAGCAACACCAAGCCUCUCACAGACUACUUCAUCUCAGGGAGACACCUAUAUGAGCUCAACAGAACCAACCCCAUCGGGAUGCGAGGUCACAUGGCCAAGUGUUAUGGUGACCUGGUGAUGGAGCUGUGGAGCGGGACACAGAAGAACCUGGCUCCGCUCAAGCUCAGAUGGACAAUAGCCAAGUACGCCCCGCGCUUUAAUGGCUUCCAGCAGCAGGACUCCCAGGAGCUGCUAGCCUUCCUGCUGGACGGUCUCCAUGAGGAUCUAAACCGAGUCCAUGAGAAACCCUACGUGGAGCUGAAGGACAGCGAUGGCCGGCCGGACUGGGAGGUGGCCUCUGAGGCGUGGGAGAACCACCUGCGUAGGAACCGCUCCAUCGUGGUGGAUCUUUUCCACGGUCAGCUCAAGUCCCAGGUGAAGUGUAAGACCUGCGGACACAUCAGCGCUCGCUUCGACCCUUUCAACUUCCUGUCUCUGCCCCUGCCCAUGGACAGCUCCAUGCAUCUGGAGAUCACUGUCAUUAAACUGGAUGGCUCUACACCUGUGCGCUACGGCCUGAGGUUGAAUAUGGAUGAGAAGUACACAGGGCUGAAGAAACAGCUGAGUGAACUGUGCAGUCUGAAGCCUGAGCAGAUCCUCCUGACUGAGGUCCACACCUCCAACAUCAAGAACUUUCCUCAGGACAACCAGAAGGUCCGCCUGUCUGUUAACGGCUUCCUGUGUGCGUUUGAGAUCCCGGUGCCAGGUUCACCUACGUCUCUGAGCUCACCCACACUGACAGACAUUACCCCAGUAUCCAAUGGCUCAGCUGCUAAUGGGAACCUGGGCAAUAAGCCCGUCCUCAUCCCCAACGGUGGGCCCAGCACCAUGGUGCCCUGCAACCCAGACACUCCCCUGGCCAACGGGAUAGCCAACGGACACAUCACACCGGUGCAGGAGAGCCCCUUCAUUGGAUACAUCAUUGCCAUGCACAGAAAAAUGAUGCGUACAGAGCUGUACUUCCUGUCAUCUCAGAAGAACCGACCCAGUCUGUUUGGCAUGCCACUCAUAGUUCCCUGCACUGUCCACACCAGUAAGAAGGAUCUGUACGAUGCCGUCUGGAUCCAAGUGUCCCGACUGGCCAGCCCUCUGCCCCCACAGGAAGCCAGCAACCAUGCUCAGGACUGUGAUGACAGUAUGGGCUACCAGUACCCCUUCACUUUACGGGUUGUGGGUAAGGAUGGCAACUCGUGUGCUUGGUGUCCCUGGUACAGGUUCUGUCGAGGCUGUACAAUAGAGUGUACAGAGGACAGAGCCUCUGUAGGAAAUGCUUAUAUAGCUGUGGACUGGGACCCCACCGCCCUGCACCUCCGCUACCAGACCUCCCAGGAGAGGAUUGUGGAGGAGCACUGCAGUGUGGAGCAGUCCCGUCGGGCCCAGGCUGAGCCCAUCAGCUUGGACAGCUGUCUGAAGGCCUUCACCAGCGAGGAAGAGCUGGGUGAGGACGAGCUCUACUACUGCUCCAAGUGCAAGACGCACCGGCUGGCCACUAAGAAGCUGGACCUCUGGAGGCUGCCGCCCAUUCUGAUUGUCCACCUGAAGCGCUUCCAGUUUGUGAACGGUCGCUGGAUAAAGUCCCAGAAGAUUGUCAAGUUCCCGCGGGAGAAUUUUGACCCCAGCGCCUUCCUGGCUCCCAGAGACCUGGAGCAGCACUGCCUCCACUCCCGCAGUGAGAGCGAGGAUCUGCUGAGGAUCGGAGAAGACAACCUGUCCUCCAUCUCUGCCCCCGCUGGCUUCUGCAACCUUCCCAAAGCCUCCCCUGCCUCUAGCAGGAAGUCUGCUCCUUCUCUCAGCCGGACCAGCAGCCCCUCCGGCAGCCCAAGGACUGGCAGCGGAGGCCGCAGGCCAGCCCGGCUACGCCUGCCCCAGCUGGGCAGCAGACACCGCCUCUCCAACAGCAAGGAGAACCUGGAUGGAGCUGCUAAUCCUGAGGCUGAGCCACAGGACGGUGCACCACAGGCAGACACAGAGGGGAGCACAGCAGGGGCCGUGGUAUCGGGCCUUCCUGGAUCAGGAGAGGCAGUCGCGUCAGAGGCAAUAGCGUCAGAGUCAACGUGCGGUACUGAGGCAUCCAGCAGCCACUGCGACGUGGUCCUGGUGAACGGUGACAGCAAUGGGAUGAGCUCAGACUGCAGCACAGAGAUGAGCAUGGACCCUGACAGCUCACUGCUACAGCACAGAGACAACAUGUGUCUGGACGCCAUCUACAACCUCUAUGCAAUAUCAUGCCAUUCAGGAAUCAUGGGAGGAGGCCACUAUGUGACAUAUGCCAAAAACCCCAAUGAGAAAUGGUACUGUUACAAUGACAGCAGCUGUAAGGAAGUGCACUCUGAGGAGAUCGACACCGACUCGGCUUAUAUCCUCUUCUACGAGCAGCAGGGAGUCGACUAUUCUCAGUUCCUGCCAAAGAUCGAUGGCAAGAAGAUGGCCGACACCAGUAGCAUGGAUGAAGACUUUGAGUCCGACUACAAGAAAUACUGUGUCCUCCAGUGAUGGCACCUCGUCUUCCAUCAGCCAGCACUACACCUGCUCUCUGCUCCCUCCUGCUGCUCUGAGCAGGAAGCACCAGUCGUUCAGAUCAUUCUGAAGAAUUCUCACAAUCUGCUAAUGACUGGAGUCAGACUGUGGUCUCUGUCUUUAGGGAUGCGUCGCAGCACUUUCUACACUUGAUCGCAAACAUGGAUUGGUGCAAAGGUUUGCCUGGGCAACAAUGAAGCCCUGGUGAAAGCACUAAACUGGUGCACUUUGCUGAGCCCGACAAAACAAACCCCCCCUCCUCCCAUCAUGUGACCAACCCUCACCAUAACAUACAUGUAACAUAUACUUGCAUACUAACACAUCUCUGAAUGUAUGGCCAAGUCAUGAAGUGAUGUUACGUUGUUAUAGUGCAUUUAUCACUUGUGAUGUCAGAAUGGAAAAAACCGUCUACACCUGGAGUUAUGUGAUCUGAGCCUGGAUAUCUUACCUGAAAAACGAAAAUAAUGAGACCUCAGAAUGAAUUCCAGGUGUAAAUGCAAGGCCAAUGAUUGGAUACAGAUUGAGUUUUAAAUGCCAAGUGUAAACAGAGCCCAAGAGUGAUAGAACCUGUGUUUGUGUCAUAUUUGAACAUCAACAUGAUGUUGAAAUUUGGUAUCUAGUAUAUUGGAUACUGUGACAAGCUUUUAAAAAAAAUAUAAUAAAAAUUCUCUAAAGGUUUUAUCAGUGAUAGUGUCACUAGGGAAAAUACAAGUCAUAUGCUACCUCAUCGCUUCUUGCAGUCUGUCGGCCAACUGUACCCUAAAGUCUGUGACAGUAUUAAUAAUAAUAAUAAUAAUAAUAAAUAAAAUGCUUCCUUCCAGUGUAGAAGUCAUGGUACACACAUUUCAAGAAACCCCUGAAAAAAAUCCCUCCCCCCUUGUAGGACAUUCACAGAGGUCCUCAUGUGGACAUGAAAAACUGUGUUUCAUCCCACAGCUGCCAAAUAUCAAUGAUUUGUGCAAUGUUGAUCUGUGUGUACCCAUGACUUCUCUGAAACUCAAAAAGCUUCAGUGGGACUCUGGGUUUGUUUAAGACAGGUGCCAUGAUUUCGAAAGAGAGACGCUUAAAGAAAAAUAUACAGUAUAUGUUUAGUACUUUUUUUUUUGCAUUCUACAAAUAUGUUUUAUAAAAGAUUUGUUUUAUUCUUGUUUUUUUUUGUUUUUGUUCUUUUUUUUUUUUCCUUAAGUUAGGUUUCAGGAGCCACUUCAGGUCAGGAAUGGAUAUUAAUCUCAAAGCUACACCUAUAGGGAUGAAGCUUAUCUUCACAGCGCUCACAAUUCACUCGCAACAACUGCAAUUCUCAACUGUUGAGAUUCAAAUUUAUCUGUAAUACUAAAGGUAUAUACAUAUGCGCCCCAAUAACAAACCAGAAAAAGUUGGGCCAUUGGGGACCACUUUAUUGUAGUUACAAAAUGAUUUUACCUGUCAUUUUAACAUUAUAUUAUUUAAAGGUCAGGUAUGAGAUUCUAAUCCAAUACACGUCUUUUUGUCAAAUUCAGCGAACAUCUCCUCACGGCCCGCUAGCUGUCCGUUCAGUGUGUGCGCUGGUUGUACACAGCCCUGGCUCUGUGAAUGGGAAACAAACCACACAGCACUAUUGCAGCCAUGAUUUGUGUGUCAGGUAACAUUAAAUGACUUGCCCACAGACAUUCAGCUGACUUUCUAGUUUGCCAAGAUGUGCUGUUGUUGUGAUGUUAGCUAUAGUAGCAGGAGAGUUGUGUGUAUCGCUGUCUGGAGCUGCUGUGCUGGCUCUGGGAAACGUCUCGUCCUCUCUGGCUGUUAGCUUCACAGCAGCUACUGUAGGGACAGUUUAACCCCCGACCUAGCUAACGUUAGUUCCAGUACUUGCUGUGUUGUUGUUUGCUCUGUAUCAUGGUAUUUGUCUCCAGAAUCACAUACCCCACCUUAAACAAGUAACUUAAAAGUACUCCACCAAUUUAGCAUUCCUAUAACACUGUUUUACGGCCCUUUCAGGCUGAAACUUUCAAGCCUGUUUCGUGUGCUUAGUUGCACCUGUAACCACACCCAACAGUGAUGUCACAGUGUCCUGGAGUACACCUGUACAUCACUGAAGCAAGGUGAGAAGUGAAACCACUAAGAGUCAGCAAAAACAAGAUUUUCAGGGGGUGUCAAGUUACUCUUUAAAGGCCACUCAUAAGACAUCUCAACUUGCAAAAUGGAGCACUCACAUACGCAUUGAGGUGAACUUGAUUUUCAAGAUUUUACCCUGCUAAAUAUCUGUGGAAGCUUCAGUAACAUUUGAUUUUUCGGGUCUCAAAGCUGGAUUACCAACCGGGCAAAGUGGGCAGAUCCCUCGGGGUCCCAGGCCCCAAAGCUAAUUUAAUUAAUUGCACAUUUGUUUGGUAAUAUGCACCAUUAAAGCCUUAAUUUAUACCAAAUCUUAAGGCCCUCUCUUAUUAGGGGGCCCUGUGUAAAAAAAAAAAAAAAAAUCUAGUUUUAGUGCUUUUAGUAUUCCUCUUGAUAUUAUACUUACAUGGUGCAUAUUCCUAAAUAAAUAUAUGUUUAAUUCAUUUACCAUAAACUAACUUGUAAAAUAUAAUGAAGCACUGUACCCAACAGGUGGAAACCCACAGCCCAUUUUUGCCCUGGGUCCCCCUAGUGGGUUAAUCUGGCCCUGAUGGGUCCCAUAGACCCAAUCAUUUCCUAAAAGGAAGUUAUAUGCAGCUGUGAAGUGAUUGGAAGGUUUCUAGAAAGAAUGAUGUAAUUUGGUACUAAUUACAGGGUUGACAGUUAAUUAACACGUCCCGUUAAUUAAUUAUAGUUAAUUGCUAGCGUAAUUUGGCAACAGGCAAGCAUACAUUUCGAGAUGUAUGGAGGGUAAAGGUUCCAAUAUUAAAUUGAUAAUGCAUAAAAAUAUUUUUAAUAGGUCAUUUCAGUUAGGAUUGUUUUAAGGAUUUUUUUUUGCAAAUCAACAAAUGCUGAAAAACUCUAUUCAUAAAUUUCAGACCUGAACCUAACAGCGUUACCAAAACUUCUCUGAUAUCAGAUGGUUUAAGCUUACUGUGCAUUUAUGCUUAGACAGUACCCAAAGCCUGUUGAACCUGUUGAGAGCUACAGUAUGUGUCUGGACUGUAGUCAGAUCUGUUUCACUACAUCACUGGACCCAACAUUUAGAGUAUUCUACAUUUUCUGUGUGCUUAGUCUAAAUAUUGGUUAAAUUCUAAAUUCUGUUCCUCGUUUUAUCUGAAGGUUUGGCUACUUGAUGCAACUGUUGAGGUUAGUUUGAAAUGAACAAACCCAUGUUUUGCUGUGUGGAAUCCAGUGGCAGAGCCUUGUGUCUGGUGUGUAGCAGCAUGGGUGGAGCGCCUCCUGCGCGGGGCUCAGUCUAAGCACUGUGAACAGACAGCAGGCGGUCAGCAGCUCCGGACGAUUCUCCACUUUUUCUCCACAGAGAUGAAUCUCUGUGUUUCACCCCCUUUUUAGCUGCUGUAUUUAUGAGGAAAAGGUGUAAUUAUGGAUGUAUUUGGAGAGAAAUCUGUCACUGAAUGAAACUUUAAUUUCCUUUGCAGAGUACGUUUGUUGAACAAAUGGAAAUGUACAGAUGAGUGCUAUUUAUGUUUGCUUGCUCAGCUCUUUUUUCCUCCACCCUCCUGCCUUUGCACCGAGCUUUAGACAAUGUCCAGUUUGUGUCUGUGUUUGAAAUGUCAUCACAUGGCUCAAAGGGAGAAUGUGUCUCUUGAGAACCCAGUUUGAAAUGUCUGUUUUAUUUAAAGGUGCAAUAGCUGUCAACUUUUUUUGUUUUUUGGCUGUGAAUGUUCCCUCAAACGACUACUUGUGUGAUGCUAAGCUUACCACAUCUGUAGCGUAAACUGUAUUAGCAAAAAUGCAAUUUAAAUUUGGGGGUUUUUCAGCACAAUUUUCAUAAUCUAAGAACAAAGAUUUUCUGCCCAAAAGAACUUAACUUUGAUGCUGAAACUGGGCAAACAUCCAUCCUGUGAACCACAGGGAUAAUAUAUUAUGCCCCUCCCCCUCUCCAGAAGCCCCGCCCACCUGGCCCCGACCCCCCCCAGUAGAAUAGUUUGGAGCUACAGCUGGCAGUGCAAUCUACUACUGAGCUGUCUGUCAGUGUCUGUAGCCUCUUUUUAUUUAAGUUCAUGUCUGAUCUGAACCAGAGUUGUUAAUUUAAAGAACUGUUUUUGUAACGUGUUUGUUAAAAGAAAGUGACAUUGCACUGACAUGAAAACAUGUACAUACAAAAUGUGUUUUGUAAAUAAGCCAAUGAAAAUUCUGUAUUUGAAUAUGAACUGUACAAAAUACUGUACUUGUAGUUGUAUAUGGAGUGAUACCGUUGAUCUGUAACAAAAUACCCAAGCAACAAAUUAAAUUCUGCAGAGGAAAGAUGA